AUGACAUCGAUGUUGCCGUUAAUGAGUAAAAUUAAGAUGAAGGGUGCACCUAAAAGUCAUCGAUCAAAGAAGUCAACCAAGCGUGAUCCCUCAUAUUUUGAGCAUGUUGAAGCCUUCAUUGAGACAUCAAGACAAGAAAAAGGUGUUACAAAAACAGAAAACAAGUUAAAGGCCAAAUGUGUAAUUCAAGAAAAGAUAAUACCCAUGCUAGAACAGUUCAAUCCUAUUUUUCAGCCUUAUAUAGUGGAUGUUGUGGAUGUAGUGGUUGAUGGUCAUUGUGGGUAUAAAUGCAUUGCUGCAUUGUUGGGUAUAGGUGAGGAGUCAUGGCCACUAAUCAUACAUGAUUUGUACAAAGAACUUAGUCAAUGGCGAGAUCAAUAUGCAACAUUAGUUGGAGGCUAUGAUCGUUUAGAAGAAUUAAGAAAUUCUUUGCUAGUUCAUUCACCAUCAGAGGCUAAUCGAGACAAGUGGAUGACUAUAUCGGACAUGGGGUAUGCGAUUGCUAAUCGAUAUAAUGUUCGUCUACAAGAAGGUUGUCCAUUAUCGAUGGUGGAUAUCAUAUCAUCUAGCAAUUGUUACCCAAAGGCAAAUGGGUAG